UUAAUUACAUCUACCAAAUGAUAUAUUCGUAAUAAUAAUACGUUCUCUUUUGCAGACAAUAGGUCAUUCGGUUACUAAUCUCACCGCGAAAUAAGAUAAUGACACAGCAUUGGAAUAGACAAAACACUCUCGGCAUGUACCCUUAGCACACUCUCUAAGCAGCCUCAAAGUGAUGCUGAAAGAUCACAGACAGACAUAAUGGUGAUUAGGGAGAAAGAUCUCGCUCGCACCUUUGCGUCGUCACGUUUCGGCGUUUUUCGUCUCGAACUCAACGCAUGGCUCACCGGCAGCAUAAUUGAUGCAUUAGUUACACGUGCGCGCUAUGUUUGAACUGAUAAAAUAGAAAAACAAAACUCCAUAAUAGCUUGCGGUCGCGUGACACAAGCGAUGCGGUUGAUCAGAACAUCAGCACCCCAUCGUCUAUCCUUGCUUUGCUUGCUUGCCCCCGAGAGGACUCUAAUCGCCAAUAUAAACGAUGUUCCUCUGCGCUCACCAUGGUGGUGUAUAAUUCAGUGGCUAACGACCACAAAGUGGGCAAAGUGAUUUCCUAAGCUGUUUAUCCAGCAGCAGAAUAUUGGUUCGGUGUCAGAUCAAAUAUUUACCUGAUGAUUAUUUUAGUGAGAAAACGGAGGUAUAUAGAUGACCGACCAAGGGAAUGCCCUGGUCAGACAUGUGGUACACGCUGGUCUUAUUUUCGGCAGUGGCCGUUUUGGGCAGUUUUGCUCGAGGCGACAUUUUCCCGGAAGUUGACUCGCAGGAAAAUCUUCUGGGGGUGGUUCCCUGUGUGAAACGGUUGUGCGAAAAAUACUUCAAAUCUGUGCGGGCAAUGAAGGGUUCCCUGGUGAUUAUUAACAUCAAACCGGAUACCUCAACGUUUCAGUUGAACAUUUUAAAAUCUUUCAACCAUGAUCCCCGGCACGAAAUGGGUGUGAUGGUGAAGGACGGUCGCAAGAGACACUGGAACGCUUCGCAUGUCACAGAGAAGGCUAAGAAUUACCUGCUGUUGGUUGGUGAUUCCUCGGAGCUGGAGGCUCCCAUCAAUCAGCUGAGGCGUUUGCCAACCUGGAAUCCACUGGCACAGGUGAUUGUGGUUUUCACCUCGGAAAUGACCCCUCUGAUAUCGGACAUUGAGAUACGAAACGCCCUGCAGAAGCUGUUUGAGCAUUCGGUUCUAAACGUUAACGUUAUGAUCCAGCGGUACAACACAAGUGUGAUGGAAGUGUGGACAUGGUUCCCCUAUGAGAAUGGAGGUUGCGCUGAUAACAUAGCUGAGAUCCGGCUGAUCGAUGAGUGCGAAUUGGUUCAAACGCAAUAUGAUUUGACGUUCGAAGAAGAGUUUUUAAAUGAAACUGCAGAAAACAGCACUACACCGUUACCGGUGCAGCAAACUCUUUGGAUGUUUCGGGAAAAGCAUUACGCUUCGGAUUUCGGUCCCAAGGUACCCAUAGAUUACAACUCAUGCCCAUUGAAAAUUACCACCUCUAUCUGGGCACCAUUCGUGGUGGGCAACGAAACUACCAUCGAGAAGGGACUGGAAGUUUUGAUGAUCGAAACAAUCACUGCACGAAUGAAACUGAUUCCGGUUUAUACAAUUCUCGAUCCACAGCGAGCUUCGGCCAGGAUAACCGCUGAUAAUAACACCGGAUUCUACGCGGAUUUGAUUCAUAGACGAACAGAUGUGAUGAUUGGUGGUCUGUACGAGAACCCAAUCAGCAGGAAGCUUCUCUCCUCGUCCAUCCCCUACUAUCAGGAUGAGUUGACCUGGUGCGUUCCAUCCGCUCGUCACGCUCCAAAGUGGCUCAACGUUUUCAUCAUUUUCAACUGGUGGACCUGGUUGAUUGCCGUUUCCAUAGUAUUCGCUGGCGCAGUCAUCAUUUUUUGCUUCAACCACGUAGAAAAUCGCUAUCCACAGAACUUCAGCUGGAUGGUGUUGCAGUCGUUGGCCUUUUCGAUGGGGGUUUACGCACACUACUGGCCGAGAAAUGUUUCAACCCGAUUCUUCCUGGUGGGAUAUAUGAUAUACGGACUGCACUGGGGUGUUGCGUACCACAGUUUCCUGAUUUCGGUUCUCACGCGACCUCGAUACGAGUCGCAGGUAAGUUCGGUGGCAGCGGCUAUGGCGGAAGAGUUUCAAUUUGCCGGAGCGGAGAACACUCUGGUGCAUUUCGAGAAAUCGGACGCCCUCUCGAAGCACAUCGGCUCGGUUUACCAAGUCUGCGCUGAUGUGGAUGAAUGCUUGGGACGGCUCCGGUCGGAGCGAGCCUUGGCAGUGGCCAUCUCGAGAGCACACUCUCACAACAGCAAAAACAUUGGCGAGGCGGAGAUUUUCUGCUUCGCCCGGGUGGAUAACAUCCAAACGUACUCGGUGGGAAUGAUGGUGAAAAAAGACUUCCAUCUGCUACCGAAGAUCAACGAUUUGAUAAGACGGAUUAGCGAAUCGGGCUUGCUGGGGAAGUGGCAGGUGGAGAGCGACAAGAUACGCAUCGAUGAGGACCUAAAUGGGAGCGGUGACGAGGGCGCCGACGAUGGGCAUGGCGAUGGACAGAUAGUGUUAAUGGUGGAACACAUCGAGGGAGCGUUUAUUCUGGGCGCAAUCGGGUUGGGGCUGGCCACAAUUGUGUUUGUGGGAGAGGUAGUCUACUUUAGGUUGAAACAAAAAUAUAAGCUAGGAGAUGGCGUUCUAAGCAAAUUGUUUUGUUAGGUGAAAAGAUAGAAUGAGACAAAGAUUUCUGUAUUGUCAGUUUGUAUUGCCCACCGAAAGUUACAGUUAGCCGGAAGCAGCUUGCUGAUAUGUGCUC